CGGCCAAACCACGGGGACACGCGCUUUAAAAAUAAUUUACUUUUUUUUUUAAAGAAAAUUGAAAACAAAGUUGAAAAGUCAUAUUCUUCUUCUCACAAAUCGUUUCCUCAGCCAUGCGAACUCAAAGCUCAAAGCUCUCUCUUCGUCUUUUAGCUAACUUUUGAACUUUUUUUUUCCCUUUCUGUUCAUCUUCUUCUUCUCCUAACCUGUGAUAUCAGAUUCAGAUCGAGAUUCGAUUUUCUCAGCUUCUGCGUUUUUUUUUUUAGCUUACGUCGUGUUGCUUAACUCCUAUUUCCAGUUGUCGUCUUCUCGGUUUUCUGUCUCACGAUGAGUAAGAACUGGAAAUCCGUUCGAUUAAGGCUACAAAUGCUUCCGCUCAUGUGUUUUCUGAUGAUUUUGAGCUUCGAUUCGUGCUAUUCGUUGAAAUAUGAAGGUGUGGAUAUCAAAGGAGCAGUGACGAAAUAUCUAUGGACUGAUAGAGAUGCUGCGGAUUUGAGAACGGUUGGUUUUCACAGAAAAUUACUUGGCCGUGUACUUAACCCCUACGCCAAUUUGCCUACGUACAAGAAGAAGCCUGUGGCAAUUGUUACACCACGGCCAUCUUCGGUUCCUUCUCCCAGACCUAUUGCCACUAAAACCCCAACAUUGCCUCCGCCACCAAAAAGUUCUCCUGCGCCAAAUGUUUCUGCUCCACCGCCUUUGACCCUUGCAAAUUUUCCUAGUCUAAGAAGAACUUCCAAAACUUCAUCAAGCAGCAUGGUUCCUAUAAUGGCUGGAUGCAUAGGCGGUGCUGUAUUGCUUCUCCUUUUAGCUACUGGUUUCUUCUUUUUCAAAAGUAAUGCUGGGAAAUCUGUGAAUCCCUGGCGUACAGGCCUUAGCGGACAACUUCAGAAAGUGUUCAUUACUGGUGUUCCCAAACUCAAAAGAUCUGAGAUCGAAGCUGCCUGUGAAGAUUUCAGUAAUGUGAUUGGGUCUUGCCCCAUUGGUACAUUGUUUAAAGGGACAUUAUCCAGCGGGGUGGAGAUAGCUGUUGCUUCUGUUGCUACUGCGUCUGCCAAAGAAUGGACAAAUAACAUUGAAAUGCAGUUCAGAAAGAAGAUCGAAAUGUUAUCCAAGAUAAACCACAAGAAUUUUGUCAACCUUCUUGGUUACUGCGAAGAAGAUGAACCUUUCACUAGGAUCUUGGUCUUUGAAUAUGCAUCAAACGGAUCGGUCUUUGAACAUUUACACUAUAAAGAAUCAGAACAUUUGGACUGGAUAAUGCGGCUAAGAAUAGGAAUGGGCGUAGCAUAUUGCCUUGACCACAUGCACGGGCUCAAGCCACCUCUAGUCCACAGCAAUCUUCUCUCAUCAGCAGUUCACCUCACAGAAGACUACGCUGUCAAAAUUGCGGAUUUCAACUUUGGUUACCUAAAAGGCCCAUCCGAGACAGAAACAAGCACCAACGCACUCAUAGAUACACACAUCUCAGUCACAACCCAAGAAGACAAUGUUCACAGCUUCGGUUUGCUGUUGUUCGAGUUGAUGACCGGAAAACUCCCAGAGUCUGUUAAAAAGGGAGACUCGGUAGAUACCGGACUGGCUGAUUUCUUGAGAGGGAAGACUCUGAGGGAGAUGGUGGAUCCAACACUGGAAUGUUUCGAUGAGAAGAUUGAGAAUAUAGGCGAGGUGAUCAAGAGCUGUGUAAGGACAAACCCGAAACAGAGACCGAUAAUGAAGGAAGUCACGGGGAGGUUAAGAGAGAUAACGGGAUUAUCACCGGACGAUACUAUUCCGAAGCUUUCACCACUCUGGUGGGCAGAGCUGGAAGUGUUGUCCACUGCGUGAAGAGAGAGUGAGAGAGAGAGUACUACUUUUGCUCCACAAGGUAACUGUAAGUAUGAAUAUGAAGAUUGUGUGAGGUUAUUGUGUCUCUGUGGUGGAGCUAGUCGCUUCUCGUUAGGCUACAUAUAUAAAUUCUAUGCAAGUUAGUUUUAAAAAACGGCUCUAAAAUCUGGUCGAUUCAUGUCCAAGAGCACGGUAAUACCCCUUUUUUUGGUGUGCAUAAUGUUAAUGGUGGUUAUUGUGUUUUUAGACUUUUAGUUAUGACUUAUGAGCAAACUCUUUAGAUGUUUUAAUCAAUUCAGGUCGUAAAGUAACACAA